UGGAGACUGGCACAAGCCACGUGGGCAGGGGCAGCUGGGAAAUGGAGUCGCCGGCGACCCAGAGGUUCCUCAUUCCUGCCCUAAAGCAUCUACUCCUGCCACUGUCAGAGAGAGGAUGUUGGAGUAGGCCGAGUUGGUCUGACCCAGGUGGCACUUCUUAUGUGGACUUGGGACAGAGAGUCCCGUGAGAGCAUCUCAUUCUUUAUCCUGCACGGUGCCAUGUGACAUGCCUGUACUGCAGCAAGUCUCUGUGUAUGGGAAGGAAAUUCCUUAACUUGAGCCCCUGUCAAUUCCCCUGACACAGUGGGAAUGGCCAGUCUGCUAUUCAUGGAGCACCUCAUGCCAGCGACUUUCCAGUCACAAGGCAGAAGUCUGUCCGGAGAGCUGACCUGUUGUGAGGGGACAAGCACCGUGGUGAAUGUAGAUGCAGCAGUAAGAUGCAGAAAGCAAGGGUGCAGGUUGCCACCUCUGGUGCUGACGUGGGAGAUCAGGGGUUCAUUUCUGUCCCCUUUAGCAGAAUCCUUUUGUGACCGUGGGCAUCCUUUAAUUGUGUCAGGUUUCAUUGGUAAAAGAGGGCUAGUUUUACCUUUCCCCGACCUGUUGCCUGCUUUGUCUGCUCUUUGAGCCUUAGCGUGGGUCUGUAAGUACACAGCAUAGCAGGGCCUCAAUCUGUGUUGGGAUCUUUGUAACACAAAUACUAGUAAUAAGAUCGGAAAAAAAAUAGUUAUCAUCUGAAGGGGCACAGGCAAAAAUCACUCUUCUGUUUCAGAAGCAGUCUUGUUGCAAGAACUAAGCUGAGUAGAACUGAAUGAGAGUUGGGAGAAUAAUUUUUCUGGUUAUUUACUUCUGUGGGUUUGUCAGCUUUUUGAGCAAUGCCGGUUUCACUAUUUCCUACGGUUUGUGAUCGUCCGCAGCGCAACAAGAGACUAGGCAUUCCUUCCUUAGAAAAAAGGAAAAUGAUACUUACUUGACAGAAGGACUGGGCAGGGAAAGUAUGGUCCUGAAACUGCUUUGAAUAGGUUCUUUUGAAAUAAAUAUAUUCCAAAUGGACCAUCAUUCUGUGAUUUGGAUCUCAAACUGAUUGUUUUUUGCACUUACUGACAGUAACGCCUGGCACAUUAUUGCUGAUUGUGUAUCCUUCUAGUGCGUAAGGGAGCAGUUCGGAUUAAAGAGGAUUUAGAGAUAAUUCCAGAAAAUCCUGCAAUAUCAUUUGUGACCAGUGAAAAGUUUUGAGUAAUUGGAAAACAUUUGGUGACAUUUUCAUUCAAACUGCGGAGAGAAUUCCUACCAGUGGGGAAAUGGUACCGAGGUUUGGGAAGAGCAGUAGGUUGUCUUGCAUGUAAGUGUCCAUACCAUAUUUUUUCCAUUCUCUUUCAGAAACUCUCUCUUACACAGAUGAUACAGCUAUGUCUAGGUCUGUGGUACAGUCCCUGCUAGCCAAGCAAGAAUUUGAUGAAGUUGAUAUGGCCAGGAGGUUUGCUGAGGAAUAUAAGAAGGAACCAAACCGGGGCUAUGGAAUGGGGGUUGUCACUGUAUUUAAAAAGCUCCUGAGCCCCAAGUGCAGCGAUGUGUUUGAGCCAGCAAGAGCACAGUUCAAUGGGAAAGGCUCCUAUGGGAAUGGUGGUGCCAUGAGGGUUGCGGGCAUUUCGCUCGUUUAUUCUGACAUUCAGGAUGUGAAAAAGUUUGCGAAGCUCAGUGCUGAGCUGACCCACUCUAAUUCGCUGGGCUAUAACGGAGCCAUCCUGCAGGCUCUGGCAGUGCACCUCGCCCUACAGGGAGAGCUCAGCAGGGAGAGCUUCCUGGAGCAGCUGAUUGGCCACAUGGAGGAUGUGGAAGCGGAUGAUAAGUCUCUGGCUGAUGCACGAGCGUUGGGCUUUGAGGAUUUACCCUUUUCAAGGCGCCUGAAGAAGAUAAAGGAAUUUUUGGAGCUCAGCACAGUUCCAAAGUCAGAUGUAUUGUUUGAAUUAGGCAAUGGGGUUGCUGCUCUGCGGUCUGUCCCCACUGCGAUUUACUCCUUCCUGCGCUCCAUGGGAUCUGACCCAGAUAUCCCUGAUCACUACAACAAUCUGCAGAGGGCCAUUAUCUACUGUAUCUCGCUGGGUGGAGACACAGACACUAUAGCUACUAUGGCUGGAGCCAUUGCAGGGGCUUACUAUGGGGAGGAGCAGGUACCCGCAAGCUGGGAGCAGAGCUGUGAAGCUUUUCAAGAGACAGAGAAGGUGGCAAAUAGCUUAUAUGAGCUCUACUGCCAACAACUCUGAGCCAACACUAUGACAUCUUGUGCCAAAGGUACAGUCAGCAACCUCGCUGGUCAGAUCUACAUCAUCAUCAACCACCAGUCGGCCCUCCACUCUCAGAAUGACCCUUUUGGUCAGGUGCUACAUGGUGAAAAUGAGAGCGGGGUGUUAGAGACAGGACUUAUUUCUCUGUUUCAGUUUGUCUGGCGAGUGUGCACGGGGGAUAAUUUAAAUGGUGAUAUUUAUUUCUCCACCAAAACUCACCAGCAUUGCUUGGUUUCUGGUGAGAUUUCUGCUCUUCACUCUGUCUUGUCCUUCUGCCCUUGUCUCUUUCUAUUUAAACCCUUGUUAAGAUUCCAAGGGGGAGGGGUGCAGAAUACAGAAACUUUCUGGUUUCCUGCCAUUGGCUUCUAAAUGCUGUGGCCUUUCCUUGAAACAUUCACAGUCUAAUUCAUAGCAGCACUUGGGUUGCCCUGUAGCCCUCUUACACUUGUAUUUCACUCGCAGAGGUUGAACAGCUGAAUGGGCAGUGUUGGUGCAUGGGAGCCCAACAGAAAGAUGAAUUACUGGAAAAGCCUGGAAUAUCACUCAGAAAAGUCCCAGCAUUUGGGAAGCGGUACACUGGAUUGCAAAGCCUCCUUAGAGUGAGCUCUGCUGUAGACACAGAAUGAGAACCGAGUGGGAUUAGAGAGGUUGCCUCAUCCAUCUCGCGGCAUUGUAAGCAGUAUCAUUGGCCAGUAUGGGUAGGAUUCCAUAUUACUUGUUCCAGUAGGAGUAAGUCAUGGUUUUUGCCAUUGUUUUCUCUCCUUUGCUGUCUGAAUUACUUACUCUUGAUUCGGGCCCUGACGCUCAUGUUGCUGGAGCUACACUUUUUGCUACCACUGCAUAAUUAACACCCAUUCUGUACAUAAUCCAGUGCAUCUACCAAGGAUGCUAGUACACCUGUGGGAUGAGAUAAUGUAGUUAAAACCUAGUGGUACAUAGGGGUCAGAUCUUGCUCCCCUCAAGGGAAUGGUAAAGAUCUGAAUUUGGUGGGAAUAGGUUUUAACUCUGCUUUAACAGUGUGGAAUCAAUUAUUUAAAAAGAGAUGGAAGGGCAGUUUCAGUGGGGAGUGUACCUCUGUUAAGAAAUGUGCACUCAGAGGCCAUAACGAAAAUAAAGCAGCAUGGUUCUUCAGUUGGAAGCGUACGCACUUCAUCUAGCAGAAUUGGAGCAAGAGGAGAUGAUCUGAGUUUGUAAACAGGCAGAAUCAUGUCGAAAUGGUUUGUGAAAUGUCUGAAGUCGUUAGACCAAACAAAACAGAGAAAUAAAAAACAAACAUCCUGUUUGCAGGAAGCCGUCAUAUGGAAACAUUUAUAAAUCUGAAUGUUCCAAAGUAAUUCUAUAUAUAUGUAUAUUUUUGUAUUGAGACUGGGAAGUGAAUGCAUUGCCAACAUGGGGCUCUUGCCCAGCAUGAUAUCAGCCUACAGUUUUUCUGUGUUUCAGAUUGAUGGUACAUGUGAAAAAUCUGGUUGUAAUAUAUUUGUUCCUCACCUCUCCUGUACUUUGUUUCUUUGAAGUCUUGAGACUUGUGUAUGAAGCGUUGCUGGAUUUUCCUUCUGUAAAUUGGAAUAUUUUGUCCUAUAAAUGUGUGGAAUUACGAGCCUGCUGCUAGCACGGAUUGUAUUGCAAAUUUGCAGAAAAUUUGAAGUGUCAUGAUGUACUUACUUUAAGAUUCUGUUGUUUUCAAUGAAGACAUUUUAAAAAGCA